GGGAAAAGUGACGCAAGCAGUCGCGACGCCAUUUGCUGCGGCUGAGCGUGGGCGCAGGCGGAUCUCGGAAGAAGUCGGUUGCGAGACUCUCCCGCGCACGCGACCCGGCCUCGCUUGGCUGUUUGGUACCGUGCGGUCCCACGCGUCGCCCUUGGGGCCCCUCGGAAGAGUCGCUGCUGCCGCCGCCACCACCACCACUCGGAUAGGAGUCGGAAACGCCGGGAGGCCGCCGUCACCGCCAUGCCCAAGAAUAAAGGUAAAGGAGGUAAAAAUAGACGCAGAGGUAAGAAUGAGAAUGAAUCUGAAAAGAGAGAGCUGGUGUUUAAAGAAGAUGGACAGGAAUAUGCUCAAGUAAUCAAAAUGUUGGGAAAUGGACGAUUAGAAGCGAUGUGUUUUGAUGGUGUAAAGAGGUUAUGUCACAUCAGAGGGAAAUUGAGGAAAAAGGUUUGGAUAAAUACCUCAGACAUUAUAUUGGUUGGUCUCCGAGACUACCAGGAUAAUAAAGCUGAUGUAAUCUUAAAAUACAAUGCAGAUGAAGCUAGAAGUCUAAAGGCGUAUGGCGAGCUUCCAGAGCAUGCUAAAAUCAAUGAAACUGAUACAUUUGGUCCUGGAGAUGAUGAUGAAAUUCAGUUCGAUGACAUUGGAGACGAUGAUGAAGACAUUGAUGAUAUCUAAAUUGAAUUCAACAUUUUACAUUCCAAUUUCUCUGAGGAUUGUUCCAACAAUUUGGAUUUUGGCUGUGACCUGUUAAAGAAGAUUAAAAUUUAUUAGCAUGAGUGCAAUUUGUUAAAGCAGACUGAUUUGUUUCUAAGGUAUUUCUUGAAAAACUGGUAAUGCCGAAUUCUCUUACAUGAAAUGUUAAGCCCCCUUUGUUCUUUUGAUGUAUUCGAGCUUAUAGGUAAAAGACCACAUCUACUAUUUUUUAAAAAGAGGAGAAAAAUGCAUUACUGCCUUUCCUACUUUGACCACUUCCAGUUAGUAAAUGAAUGUUCCAAAUAAACCAUUUACCGUACAUUCAUUAUGGAUCCUGAUUAAGCCCUAACUUUGACUAGCCUGUUGACCGUACAUUGACUUUCUGUAUAUUCCAGUUACUUAGAUGUUCCCUUGAGAUUUUGAUACAAUUUAAAAGAGGCAGAAAUCUGCAUUUGAAUUAAAAAAUGAUUAGGUCAGUUUUUCAUAUUUAAGUAGCAUGUGGCUAUUUUUGUACUAAUUUUGAUAUCACUUAUGUUCUUUCAUAACCUUAUUUUGCCACUAUAAACAUAUCAACAAAAAAGCAUUUACAAAAUGCAGGUUUUAGGACCUGGGUUUUAAUAGCAGUUUUUAAUUUGUAAGGUUAGUAGUUACAGGAAUCAAACAGUAGGUGGCACCCAGUCAUCUUAACAUUGAAAUAUUGCUAUAGUUGUCCAUUUUUUUUUCUUACUAUGCUUAGGAAAUUUCCCAAACAAGAAAAGAUUGUUUUGAUCAUGUGCAUGUAUGUAGAAAAUUUUUAAAGAACAAAACUAUUGUUAAAAGUGUCAUUUUAUUUCAGAAGUCAUAUACAUAAGCUGCAAUUUUGAGUGCUUUGUAAACACUUAAAGUAUGUAUAAAUGAAAAUUUAAUUUCCUAACAACUGUAUAAUUAAGCUUUUUUCAAACCAUCCCUAAGCUGGUAAAAAAAAAAAAAAAAAAGGAGCAAAUAACAACUUAUUGAAAAGAUGGUUUCUCAUUUCUGAAUGGAAGAGCUACAGCUGAGAAAUACAAUAAAGACAAUAUCAUGCUGCAGAGUAUAUUAUACCCUUACUUUGUGUUUAGGAUGUAUUUUAUUGUGUGUAAAGAUUUGUUUUGCUUGUAUAUUAUUGGGAAUUUGGAUUUUCUCUUAUUUAGUUUUUUGUUCUCAACUUGACUAAGAUGAAAUUAAGGGCUGGGCUAUUUAUUGGCUAGCUACAUUGAAAUCUUCUGCAACUUCACAAGAAGAGAUCCAUCAUUUAGGCUGUGAAACGUUUAUUCUCCUGGUCUCCAGAGAUGUUUUCAAUGAUGAAAAGUUCUACCAAGGGAGAGAAACCUUCAUGUGGCUUCAAAAAAAUGAGAGUAUCUUCUCCAAUCUCAUGCUUAUUCCUAAGUGUGCAAGCACUGGAAUCAAAAUCUGAGGUACUAUAAAACAUUAAAUCAAAGAAUAGAAAUGAG